AUGAACAGUUUAUUCUUGAUAAUCGAUAGUUUAAUAAAUAUUUAUUUCUUUAUUAUGCAGAAUAUUAAAUUCUUCUUAUUCUACAUUCUAACUGAGGCUUAUACAUUUAGUACUAAUAUAGGUUUUCAUUGACUUUUACUAAUAGUUUAUUACUUAUUUUUAAUAAUAUAUUUAUAUAUGAGGAAUUACUUAAAAGAUUUAUGCUCUCCUCCCACAUCCACGUCCCCCCGCCCUGCAGUACUGCAGGGGGGGGAGGAAAAAUAUGAUAAUGGUCAAAGUUCUUUAACAGUGGUUAAUCAUCCUUUUUUAGCUAAAUAUAAUCUUUUUAAUUUUAGAUCUAAGUAUCCAGUUUUUUUUUGACUUUAUAUGAUAGUACUCUUACUAAAUUUAUGAUUUAUUUUUUUUAAAGCUUAUUGUUUAGGGGGAUUUCUAUAUCUUUUUUUUAAUGUUCUAGGACACUUGUUCUUAUUAAGUAAUUUGCUAAGGCUUAGCAAAUGAUUUAAUAAAAAACCAGAACUAGUUGAACAUGAGCUAAAAAUAAAGAUGGAUUAUUUUUUAUUCUUGUUUGUUUUUAUAGUAAUUCCGGUUUAUCUUUGAAUAUAUAUUGAUAAGACUAAGUCUAGUGAUUAUACGGGUAGACUGUUUUUUUGGGGGAUAGUAUGUGUAAUUAUAUAUUAUGUAUUACAAUUUAUUUUCAUGGAUAAAACUGAAGACAAGAGGGUAAAAUUUGUAGUUAGGCUAAAUUUAACUAUGUGCAUAGUAUGCAUAAUAUCUGUAUUACAGAGAGUAAUCUCCCUUGAAGACAUUAAUAUGUUAUAUUAUUCUAUUUAUCUUGAACCAACGACAAUGCUGCAUUUGAAAUCUCCUCAACAUAUUCUAGAUACUCUUAUACCAGCAGGACCAGCUCGACCUCAGGAUAUUGAUCCUGAACUACUCAAUCUCAGGAGGGCUGCUACUAAUGCUAGUCUCCGCCGUCAAAGUAGGUUUAUUGAAGAGCUAGUGAUGAAUACCAAUUGGGCAGAGACCCUUAUAGAAAACAUCUUUGGUCCUUAUGAUAUACAAACUACACAUACCUUUAAUCCUAAUGGAAGGGGGACUAUGAUUAAGAGUAUUUAUCAUCGCAGUCAGGAGACUCCACAGGAGUUCGUUAGAUAUUCUUUCACUCCGGGGAUUUGAUCUAAUAUUCGAACACGGUAG